AUGCGCUCAUAUCCUCCAAGUCCAUUCGGGUGCUUUGCUGAAGACCUCCACCUUUCCUCGAAGCCUCUCUCAGCACAGCCCUUAAAGACCGUCUGUCUCCAGCAGGAAGGGAACAAACGAGGAAUCAAUGCUUCCCCGAAGGCUUUUGGAGGAAGAAUCCGGACGGUCUUGACUCUGACUCCCCAGCAGCGGAGACCAACCUUCAGGGCCGUUUACAACAACUUGAUCUGGGGUUUAGGCUCCCUAUGGGAAACAGCAGCAGCAGCAGCGAAGUAUGGUGGGCAGGAUAAAGCAGCCCUCUUGGAAAUGCAGGAUGUCCUAGGAAGAAUGGCGGAUAAUUUCAACAUCCUGAACGACCAUGUUGAACACUUCGAGUUGCAGCAAAACCUUUUCAGACACGAAAACAAUCAGCUGCGAAGGCAGCUCGAGAUUGGCCUGGAGCGGCAACGUGAGUUGGAGGUUGGAUUGCUGGAGUUGAAUGCGAGACUGGGGAUCCUGAUGGAGAGUAGAUCCAGGCAGAAAGAGAUAAAAAAGAAAAGGAAAGGGCCUGUCCAUCGUCUGAAGGACUGGCUCAAAAGAGACUACAACAUCUCCACCUCCAGACAUUCCCUCAAUGCCAUCGAAACCAUUGUCCGUGUUUGGCAGGGCCUUACGCAACCAGAAAGGUGGGUACUGAGGCCAAAUUCUAAUUUGGAUUUCCACCUGGUCUAUCUGCGUUCUACCGAACUGAAAGAGGAGAAGCGCAAAUGGAGGAUAGCUCAGAGGGAAAAAAUCCACCAGCGUACUCUCAUGUGGGAAGAUGUCAUUGCUGAUAAUAAGGAGAAUAGGAGAAACAAGACGAACAGACUCGACGUACGGACCUCAACCUGGCCCGAACCAUCGACAGACCAGGAAGGAUUGACAUCUGUUAUGGAGGAGAUCCUUCUCCAAGAUAUAUUGAAAAUGCUAGGAGACGACGUUCUCGAAGAAAAGAUUCAACAGGAGCUGGAUGAAAUCAUUCAAGAGCUUGAGGAAAUGAUAGAAGAGAAGGAGUGGGCACAACAGAAGAACCCUGAUGGAGACGAGACCAGUAUCGAAGCGAGGAAAUUACAAUGGAAGAAAAAAGAGUUGAAGGCCCGGAGGAAGGCUGAGAAGAAGAAGCGGAAGCUAAAAGUAAAAUCUCGCAUAUUUCGAGCCUGGAAUGAAAUGCAAGAUCAAAAGCAGGCCGAGAAGGAAUGGAGAAAAAUGGAGCUCUUCCCAAUUAUAGAAAUCGAAAAGGAUCUAGGAAAAGCACCCACAAUAGAAAGGAAAAAGAACCUAAAAAGAGACAUGAAGUUAGAAGAAAAGGAAAGAAGGGCGCAAAGGAGGGCUGAAGGAGCCCGAAAAAGAGAAGAACUAAGACACAAAAUAAUACAGGAAGAACUGGAGAGGGAGAAGAGAAAGAAGUCCGCCAGGGAGAGGCGGAGGCAAGCCUUACGUGAGAUCAUGAAGAGGGAGAAAAAACCAGCAAGGAAGAAUGAAGAAGUCUCCCAGGUGUCCAACAGCUUGCAGGAAGGUUUCGACAAAAGCAUAAAGGAGUUGCCCUUAAUGGAGUAUGCCAGCCUCCUCCUUAGAAAGCCAAGGCUGUUCCAUUUGCCCUUCAAAAGUAGUGGUGCUGGUAAAGCUAAGCGGGGCAAACCAAAUACAGAGUCACAGGAGACAUCUGAGAUCAAGAGGAGCCAAGGGACGGAGGAAAAAAGAACAGAGCCUAGGCCAAGGCUGUUCCAUUUGCCCUUCAAAAGUAGUGGUGCUGGUAAAGCUAAGCGGGGCAAACCCAAUACAGAGUCACAGGAGACAUCUGAGAUCAAGAGGAGCCAAGGGACGGAGGGAAAAAGAACAGAGCUUAGGCUUGUACAGGUGGGGAACAAGUGGCAGAUAUGGAGGAAGGUGGGCUGUUUCUUUGUAGAUGUGAAGACAAGUCUUGUGAUCGUCCUUUUCAUCAGGGAUCCUUGGCGAUUCUCUCAUCUGCUUGAUGGAGGAAGGAGGAACAAUUCUCAGGAUGAGAGCCACCAACACAGCAACUGUUUGAAGGAAGGAGGACAAGCUCUCAGGAUGAGAGCCAACAGCUAUUCAGAGGAUGGAGGACAAGCUCUAAGCGGAUGA